CGUGUGUUGGGACCACCCGGACUGUGCCCAGUCCCUCAACAACAUAGCUGCUCUCCACACUGAGAGGAGGGAGUAUGAGACUGCAGAGGACAUGUACGCGAUCCCUGGACAUCUCCCUGGCCUACACCUCAAAAACCUGGCCAUACUCUACAAACGCAGGGUAGGUUUUGGGGAGAUGGGACGUUUCUAGCCAAGCCACCAAGUCCUAGACAUUGCUAUUGAUUUUACACACACAAACAGAACAAACCCAACAAACACAGUGAACACCACACAAUGCUCCAGCCCAUGAUAAAUCAAACACAAAAAAGACAAUGCUAUACAUACUUUAGUCAAGUCCUCAUCUAAAGAGAGUGUACGUUAAAAUUGCUUUUAGCCCACUCCAGAUGUAGGCUUAAUCUGAGUCUAUGCAACCAUCCCAUGUCUGGUAACUUUAUGUGGAUUGUUGUUUGACAGAUAGUCUAGAGACCUUGAAUUCUUGUUCCUCACUCACCUCAAAUUCUAUUAGCUUGUAGCUUGUGUGUAAUCCUGAUUUGUGAAGCUGACAGAGGAGAUGUGCAUGUGUGAUGUGUGUGUUGUCCAGGGGAAUCCUGUAUGAGCUGGCUCUGGACAUAAGGGAGAAGAGUUUUGGACCUAAACACCCCGGUAUAGCCACAGCAUUUGUGAACGUGGCUGUACUCUACUGCCAACUGGUGAGAGGACCAACACUGCUAACAGUUCACUGCAUACCAGACCUGGGUUCAAAUACU